AUGGAUUGCAAGGUGCACGCGUCUAGACAUUUGCUUCGCAGUGCACAAAGCCACGAGACAGACACACAAGCCGACGUCCAAGGACUGGAAAACGGCCAAGAGUAUCUUGAGAUACUUGAAGAUGUUGAAGGGUCUGAAGUUUCAUCUAAAUGGUGUGGAUCAACGACAGAGGACGCCCGAAUCGAGUGUUGGAGCGAUGCAGAUUUUGCUGCAGACAAGGCCGACCGUAAGUCAGUUUCGGGAUGUGUAAUAACGAUGGAUAGUGCUGUUGUUCUGUUGUCAUGCAAGAAACAAUCAGGGGUGUCAUUGAGUACGAUGGAGGCCGAGUUCAUCUCAGCGUCGCAGGCAGGACGUGAGCUACUAGGCACGAAGGAAUUGCUGAACGAACUAAAGCUGCGUGUGCGCGAGCCUAUGCCGAUGUGGAUCGACAAUCAAGCCGCCAUCAAGCAGCUUGAAUCGGAAAAGAGUUCCUCGAGCGCUAAGCACGUGGAUAUGCGGUUUAAGUUUAUCUGUCAUCAUGCGCGAACAGGUAUGGUGGUGCCAAGAUUUAAUAAAUCGGAGAACAUGAUGGCGAAAAUACUGACCAAGGCCCUGCCCGCGCCAAGAAUGGAAGAAUUGAGAACAAUGUUUAAGUUGAAGGCCGCUCAGGAUGACACCGAGGAGGAGUGUUAG